AUGGGUUUUGGACUGGUGUCCUUUGUUACCGGUGGCGCCUCAGGCUUAGGCAAGGCUACGGUCGAACAUUUGUUUAGGCUCGGCGGAAAAGUGGUGUUGGCAGAUCUGCCGACAUCUGAGGGCGCGAAGAUUGCUGCCCAAAUCAGCGAAGAAAACGUGAUGUUCGUUCCCAUGGACGUGUCGAAAGAAGCAGAGGUCUCGACAGCUUUCGACGAAUGUAUAAACCGCUUCGGCAAGUUGGACGCCAUUGUCAACUGCGCAGGCACCGCUGUCGCUUAUGCUAUUUUCAACAAGGGCGAGGAGAAACCUCACAUGUUGGAUAGAUUCAUGAAAGUUUUGGAGACUAACGUUGUUGGAACGUUUAACGUUUGUCGUUUUGGAGUCGGUAAAAUGUCAUCGAAACCGUUUUCGGAAAGUGAGGAAAGAGGCGUCAUCAUCAACACAUCCGGCAUCUCUACGACCGAGGGACAACAGGGCCAGGUAGCGUACGCGGCCGCUUGCGGUGCAAUUGACGCCAUGACGCUGCCGCUUUGCAGGGAUUGCAGCAGAAAUUCAAUUCGCGUCGUCACUAUCUCACCAGGACUGUUCACAACUCCGAUGGCUGGCAUGUUCCCUGAAAAGGUGCACAAAUUUCUUCAAAGACUGGUACCUUUCUCUUCUCGCUUCGGAGAUCCCAACGAGUUCGCGCAGCUCGUGCAGGCGGUAAUCCAAAAUCAGUAUAUCAACGGGUGCGUGAUUCGGCUUGAUGGCGGGCUCAGGCUUCCGCCUUAG